UGAGAGUUGGCUCACUAGGUAAUGUUAGCUAGCAUGCUGCUGGCCUGACCACCGGUGCGAGCAGAAGAAGUAGUCAGAGGACAUCGGGUGCCGGGCGGUGCGGGCAGCCCUCACUUGUGGGGUCUAGUGUUUUCGUGACCGGUGCAACCCUCUGCCUGGUCCUUUGUUGUCCCCCCCACCAACCCACCCCCAGCUAGCUAGCUAGCUAGCUAGCUAGCAGCUGCAAGCAAAGCAGAUGUGACAGCUAACUAGCCAGCGUCGCUAGCUAGCUGUGGAGCUGCAGAGCAUCAGCACCGGCGUUGAGGAGAGCGAACAUCCCCCCCAUCAGCCUGCGCGUCCCGACCAUCUCCUCAACUCCCCGGUUGACCAUUUAUGUAGCGAGCCAACCCGUGUGAAGUGUGUCUUCGUACGCAUCACGAGGAGAGAUGUAUCAGCUCCCGGUGAACAACCUCACGAGAAUCAGGAGAGCGAGGAAACAAGUGAAGAAAGCGCUCGAGGACAUUGGACUGGAGUACUGCAAGGAGGCAGCGGAGGGAUUCAAGGAGUUUUGCCCCAAUGAGCAGUUUGUAAAGGGAUCUCUUUGCCUUGAUAUCUGUGCAUGGGAUCCAUCAUAUUCAAAAACACAGGAAUACAGAUCAAAGCCAUUUUGCUGCACAGAGUGCCCGUUUUCUUCCAAAUACUACUCAGGCUACAAGAAUCACUUCCGCAAUGUACACAGGAAAAUCUUUGACAGUAAAAUUCUGCUCAACUGUCCAUACUGCACAUUCACCGCAAGCAAGAGGACUCUGGAGACACAUGUUAAAAUAUUCCACAUACCCAGUUCAGCCCGACAGAACUAUGGGAGUGCACAGAGAACUGCACUGCAGAAGACGGACAAACCAUAUCUUGAUAGAGUCAGACAGGGAGACGGUGUGGAGAGACCCAUGUACUUUUGCAGAAAAUGUUCAUUCCGGGACAGUCUCUACAACGUUGUGAGGAGGCACAUCUAUAGGGAACAUUUUCAGCAUAUUGUGUCGCCGUAUCUUGGUAUGGUGCCUGAUUCUUCUGUCAAAAAUGGCGCAAAUUCUGUCAACGGUAACAACAUCCUCUGUAAACGCUGCCAGUUUUCCACUCGUAGCUACGAGGCUCUUGUGCAGCAUGUCAUAGAGUACCACGAGCGCAUCGGUGCUCAGGUAACCACCAUGAUUGGACACGCUAAUAUUAUUGUCUCCAGGUCUCAAGCCUUACCAAGUGCCCCUGUGGUCAUUAGCAGGGGCCACCCAAUUAGAGCGGAGCAAACAGCACAACCAGCCAUUGGCUAUUUGAAGCCAGCGGCCACUGUUGUCAAAACCCAGCCCCCCGUCGUAGCCAAACAGGUGCGUGUCACAGUUCCUGGCAACAGCACUGCGGCUGAAAAUAAUGCUACUGGUGUAUGCACAGCGCAGACACAGAAGUGGAAGAUAUGCACAGUCUGCAAUGAGCUUUUCCCUGAAAACCUCUAUAGUGCUCAUUUUGAAAGUGCACACAAGGCAAAGAAAGUGUGGGCACUGGCCAAGUACAUCAUGAAGAUCCACAACUUCACUAGCAAGUGUUUGCUUUGCAACCGGUACCUGCCCAGUGACACACUGCUCAACCACAUGCUAAUUCACGGGCUCACGUGUCCACAGUGCCACUCGGCUUUCCACAGUGUUGAAAAAAUCCUGGAGCACGUGAAUCAGACUCACCCCGAUGACUUUGUGGGACCCCCAGGUGCAACGCCGCUAACCUUUGAUCUCACAAUUAAACAAGAUAAGUCCAGUAAUGUUCAGCUUGCUGUUCUCACCUUUAACAUGAAGGAGUCUGUCAACGGUCAAGAUCAGUCUGCACCUUCUAAGAAUAGUGUUCCCCCUCCGGUCAAGCCAAGCACUCCAAGAGUGGCUGAGAACAAAAGUGAACAGCUCACUAGAAGUUUACCAGCUCACAAGAGCGAGGUUGGGAAGACGCUGUGUCCGCUGUGUUUCACCAUCCUUAAAGGUCCUAUCUCUGAUGCAUUGGCCAUGCAUUUGAGGGAGCGACAUCAAGUGCUCCAAACGAUGCACCCCGUUGAGAAAAAGAUGACGUACAAGUGCAUUCACUGUUUAGGAGUGUACACCAGUAACAUGGUGGCUUCCACAAUAACACUGCAUCUCGUGCAGUGCAGAGCUGUUGGUAGAACCCAGGCAAGCCAAGGCUUCAAGUCUGCCUUGACUCUCAACUCGUCCGGGGCGGGCUUCCUCAAGAGGCAGCCACCAGUGCAGGCCACGUCCGGUCCUAAGAGAAUGAAGCUGAGCAAGGAGUCCAAGAUUUUGACCACCAUUGGACAUCCGGCUGAAUCUGAUGGUCUUGCUCUGGAUCCGAGAAGCUAUGAGCACAAGACAUAUGAGGCCAGGAAAGAUUUCCUCACGGCCUACUUCAACAGGCGACCGUACCUCUCUCCCCAGGAAGAAGAAAAGCUGUCUGCAAGUCUGUGGCUGUGGAAAUCCGACAUUUCUGGUCACUUUGCAAACAAGCGAAUGAUGUGUGAGAGACACUGUAAGACCAAUAAGUUGGCUGUGCUGCUUGGCUUCGACAUGCACGCCCUCAAGAAAGUGAAGCAUGAGCUGAUCUUUGAGGAGAGCAAGAUUGUGGCCUCCUCAGCAGGCAGAUCUGUAGGACUCAAGUCUGGCACUCCAAGCAUAGACCAAAACAAGCAGUGUGAGACACUAAACUGUACUGUUAAAAUCAGCACAAGCACAGAGACCAUUUCCAUUGACUCGGACAGUGAACCAGAAACAGAAGAUAGACCUACCGAGAAUGGAAAUGUUGACACAAACCAACAGGAGAAUAUAGAAUCCCAGGAGCCACAAAACCUGACCGAAGAAGCAGCAUCUGUAAACACAGACGAGCCCUCCAGGGAGAAGGAUAGUUCAUUGCAAGAUGGGAAAGCAAAUGCAUGGAUGACCUUCUGUUAGUGUGAAGGGUGUGCCUUGGUGGAGCGGCAGUUCAUUUUUAAAAGAGUGUAUCAACUAAGACGAGGGAAAAAAAAACAGGUCUACAGAUAGUUAAAUAUCAAAUGGCAUGUGUCACUAAAACUAUUCUUUCCAUACAACCUCAUUACGUGUUGAAAAGAAGGAAAAAGGACCACAUUGAAGUGCAGAAAUGGAUGGCUUAUGUAAGUGACAUUGUAUAUAUUUUAGCCAUUAUCCUUAGUCUCUUCAUAAAAUCUGUUAUUCACUGGUUAUUGGUCAUGAGUUAGGAUUAUACCAAUUGACCUUCUUCCAUAGUUUUUUUUCUCUCCCUCAACUGUGACAAUGAACUGUAUCAUGUUGUCAUUUCUCAGUAGAAAGUGUAGAAUAUGCUAAUUGCUUAUGUACACAUUUUAAUAAAUGUUUGUUUAAUAAAAAAAGAUAUUACUUUUUUUCUCCUACA